AACAGUCCGGAGGUUUUCCAGGCUGUUUCUCUCUCCCCCGCAGUCGUGAUGUGUGUUGGUCAUGGAAGGACGUUCAUGGAAAGGAAACCAUCGCUGUUGAUGAUGCUGGAGAAUGGUUUUAUCUGCUGAGCUUCAAGUUAAACAAGUUACAGCAUGUACUUCAAGAAAACCGAGGACAAGAUGGAGCUGCAGGAGAGCGAGAAUGAUGACCAGAGCAAUACGCCUCUUCUUCCUUCUUUGUGGAUAAACUCUACAUUUGACUUCUUACUGGUGGCGGACGAGGAGGAGCCACACACAGAGAAGUCUGACAAGCGAGAAAAGUUCAUGGAAGAGCUAAAAACAAAAAACAUUGCAAUCACAUGCAUAGACCAUGACAACAAAAUAUUUAUUGGCUUGGUUGCUCCCAAUGAGAUAUUUGAGGACUAUAAGUACCUGAUCAAAGUCUCUGAUGCCUGCAGCUGGUGUAAAGAUGAGGAUAAAAUCACCCAGGCUAACAGAAUCCGAAUUGUAAAUUUUAUUCUCAAUAACACACGCAUCAGCACAGGCGAGAACCUGGAGAAGCUGAUAAUGGAGGGUGUGUUUGAAACUAUGUUCUGUCUUCAUGAGAAAAAGGAGCAGAAGAUGCUGCGAAGCAAGUGGGCUCGAUGGUCGGCUCUCUUUACACCACAACCAUUCGAAGACAUCAAAUCUUACUUUGGGGAGAAGGUGGCGCUGUACUACCUGUGGUUGAACUGGUACACCUUACUGCUGAUUCCAGCUUCUGCUAUAGGUGUAGUCAUCUUCCUUUAUGGUCUGGCCUUUUUCAACACCAGCCCUCUAAUUAAGGAGGUGUGUGACUCUAAUGUCACCAUGUGUCCGAGAUGUGACAGGGUGUGUGAGCCACUGCAGCUCUCAGAAACAUGCACUUACGCUAAGGUCAGUCUUUUGUUUGACAAUGAGGGAACUGUUGCAUUUGCUAUGUUCAUGGCAAUCUGGGCCACAGCUUUCCUGGAGUUUUGGAAGAGACACAGAGCCAAAUAUGUCUCAGAAUGGAAGGUCUAUGACUGGUCUGAAGAAGAGGAAGAACUGAUCUUGGAACUAGUCAAUAAUCCAAACUGUAAGGUCAAAGAGUUCAAACACUCAUACUUUCAAAGCGCUUUGGUCCUCAUCUUAUUUACAGUCAUGUUGAUGGUGAUUAUCGGCAUCACUCAUGCUCUUGUGGUGUUUCGAGUGAUGACUGCCUCCUGGUUUUCGAUAGCCGAGUCGGAUUUUCUACAAGAAAAAGCCUUCAUGUUUGCUAUGCUGCUGGGAGCAGUGCUGCACUACAUCACCAUUCAGAUCAUGAACCGGGUGAACAGAUGGGUGUCCCUAAAACUAUGUGAUCUAGAGAAGCUGAACUCACUUGCUGCCAAAGAGAGAAGCUUCACAGUUAAAAUGUUUACCUUUCAGUUCUUCACCCUCUUCUCCUCUCUCUUCUAUGUGGCUUUUUUCAUGGGCAGGAUUAACGGUCAUCCUACAAACUAUGUGCGUUUAGUUGGGUACAGACUGGAAGAGUGCCAUCCUAGUGGUUGUUUAACAGACCUUUUUACCCAAAUGGCAGUGAUCAUGCUGCUCAAACAGACUCUCAACAACGUCUUUGAGAUCCUUGGGCCCUGGGCCAGAAGCCUUUGGAGGAAACGAACUGCAAAGCGGCUGAAGAGACAGUGUGGAAAAUGCUACAGGAAGUCUUGUCGUAAUAAACAGGGUCGUAUUGAAGCAUGUGAACUUUGCAAAAAACGAGACUGGCUGAGAAACUAUCACCUUGGUAGCACGGACGCCUUCAGCCUGUUUAAUGAGUUCUUGGAAAUGGUAAUCCAGUUCAGCUUCACCACCACAUUUGUGGCUGCCUUCCCUCUGGCGCCCCUUCUGGCUCUUAUGAAUAACAUCAUUGAGAUUCGCCUGGAUGCCAUCAAAAUGGUCCGCUAUGAGCGGCGCCUUCUUCCCAGGAAGACCAAUGACAUUGGAAUAUGGACGAAAGUGUUGGAAGCUGUUGGUGUUUUUGCUGUGAUCAUUAAUGGCUUGGUCAUUGGCAUCUCAUCUGACUUUAUUCCUCGUCUGGUUUACCGUUAUCAUUACGGCCCAUGUGCCAAAGGCAUCAACUCGACAGACUGUAUGGAUGGCUACAUUAAUGACACUCUGUCUGUAGCCUUCAUGAAGACCAACAUCAAAGAUGAAUAUAUGAUGAAAACAAACGAGUAUGCUAACGUCACUCAGUGCAGUUACAGAGACUACAGGAAUCAAGACUACUCUCUGACCUCUCAGUUUUGGUUCGUCCUGGCUACACGCUUUGCGUUCAUCAUUCUCUUUGAGCACGUAGUGGUGGUGUGCAAGUUUAUCGCAGCUUGGUUCGUCCAAGAGAAACCUGUCAAGGUUAAGAAUCAUCGCUUGAAUGAUAAAAUGGAUCGGCUCAAGAGUGAAUUAAUGGGCAGGAGGCAUCCCAAAUCAACCGAAGUGUGACCUUAGCUGACCUCCGAUCUGUUUCCAUUGAGAGGAGCUGAAAUGAAAAAAAAAAUAAAAAUAUGCUUUUUAAUAAUCUGUGCCUGCUGUUGUAAUAAUAAUAAUGUGAAAUAUUUUUUCAAGAAUAUUGUUGAAAAUAGCAGUUUUUUUUUGUUUUGUUUUUUUUUACUUUGAAAUGCAACUACAUGUGUUAUUGAAUGUGGAACAUUUAGCUGCUUCAUUCCUGAACUAGUUUCAUUGUUGCUCUUAUUGUUUGUAAGAAAAAACAGAUAAACAUUUACUGUUGUUAAAAUAGAUGUGCAGUGAGCCAAACUGCUGAAUAUUUUCAUUUUAAUUUUUCUGUCUAAACAAGCAAGUAAAUAAAACAGUCAA